AUGGAGCUUGCAACGUCUUCUCGAUCAACGCAGCUGGAAAGUGAGAACGAGAAACAGGAUCAAGUCCAAAGAGCACCGGUCAAGACUGCGCGACGAAGUUUGAACCCAUUGCGACUUCAGAAAGUUCCUCCUAUACCGAAAGAAAGAGGAGUCAGUAAGGAGUAUGGGGCUAGCAUUAUCAGUCGCGUGACUUUCCAAUGGAUAGCACCAUUGAUCAAGACCGGAUAUCUGCGUCAAAUAGAGAUUCAAGAUAUAUGGUCUGUCAAUCCAGACAGGAAAGUGGACCUUUUAACGGCCAGAUUCGAUGCUGCAUUAAAAUCACGAACGGAUAGGGGCUCAAAAAAGGCGCUGGUAUGGGCACUAUUCGACACAUUUAGGCUGGAAUUUAUUAUUGGUGGUAUAUGUCAGGUUGUGAGUAUGAUACUCGCUGUCGUAACACCAUACCUUGUCAGAAACCUGACUAGCUACGCAAUGGACGCAUAUGCCGCCCAUCACGGCAAUCACCCUAUGCCCAACCUUGGCCGUGGACUCGGGUUCGCGUUUGGAAUUCCCGCAAUGCAAGCAGUGCAAACACUGUGUCUGAGCCAGGCUUUCUACCGCGGCAUGAUAUGCGGUGGUCAGAUCAGAGCGGUGCUUGUGUCUGCAAUCUACACCAAGGCAAUGAAAUUAUCAGGGCGCGCGAAGGCUGGAAGCGAAGUGCUACUGGCCAGUGGAAAAAAGGACAAGAAGCCUCCCAAGCGGCAAAACAUGCGAGGAGGUCCUGGCCAUGGCGAGGGGAAUGGUUGGGGCAGCGGACGCAUAAUCACGUUGAUGGGUGUGGAUGUGGACCGUAUUGAUCGAGCGUGUGGCUUAAUUCAUAUGCUCUGGACUACACCCGUUGUCUUGGGGGUAGCUUUGAUUUUUAUGGUUAUCAACAUCGGCUACAGUGCACUCCCAGGCUACGGGCUGGCAGUAUUCGGGGCCAUUUUGCUGGCCUACUGUGUCAAAUCCCUGAUCACGCUCCGAAGAGCAGUAAACAAGAUCACCGACAAACGAGUGUCCUUGACACAGGAAAUUCUUUCGAGUGUCAAGUUCGUGAAAUUCUUUGGUUGGGAAAGCAGCUUUCUAGAACGACUCGAGAACCUGCGCAAGCGCGAAAUCAGCUCUCUCCGACGGCUGUUGGUGAUUCGACAUGCCAUCACAGUCAGUAUGCUUUCGCUCCCGGCAUUGUCUUCGAUGCUGUCCUUUAUCACGUAUGCGUUGACAAACCACACCCUCUCCCCUGAUCGCAUUUUUUCCUCGUUGGCCCUGUUCAAUGCUCUCCGAAUGCCACUGGCUAUUCUGAAUCUCGCAAUGACGCAAGCGACUGAUGCUUGGACCGCCCUUCACCGUAUACAAGAGUUUCUGUCGGCCGAAGAACGUGAAGAAAGCAUUACCUGGGACUACACGAUGACCAAUGCUGUUGAGGUCGAACAUGCUUCAUUCACCUGGGAGCGAGUGCGCGAUUCAGCGGAAAGCCCAGUAAAUUCCCGCCCCAGCCAAGCUGCGAUCGCUCCGGGGAGAACAGAGGCAGCAUCAUCUAACACUCUCUCGGAGCGGGAGGCCGACGCCAAGACUCCCUUUCAGUUACUGGGAAUGGACUUUGAGAUUGGCCGCGGUGAGUUGGUCGCCAUCAUCGGAUCGGUGGGCAGCGGGAAAACUUCACUACUGGCAGCCUUAGCGGGCGAUAUGAGACAGACAGCAGGGAAUGUUCGGAUAGGCGCCACUCGGGGGUAUUGCCCACAGUAUGCCUGGGUACAAAAUACUACAGUUCGCGACAAUAUACUAUUUGGAAGGGAGUAUGACGCGGAUCGGUACAACGAGGUGAUCGAUGCAUGCGCACUUCGUGCGGACCUGGCGAUGUUUCCGGACGGAGAUCAGACUGAAAUUGGUGAGCGUGGCAUCACUAUCUCCGGUGGUCAGAAGCAGCGAUUGAACAUCGCGCGGGCGAUCUACUCAAACUCAGAGCUCGUGCUCAUGGAUGAUCCCUUGUCAGCGGUCGAUGCCCAUGUAGGACGCCACAUCAUGGAUAACGCCAUCUGCGGACUUCUCAAGGACCGAUCCCGAGUGCUCGCCACCCAUCAAUUGCACGUGCUUGGACGUUGCGACCGGAUUAUCGUCAUGGAGGACGGAAAGAUCCAUGCAAUCGGCACUUUUGAUGAUUUGACGCGCUCGAGUGACAUCUUCAAGCGGCUCAUGUCCAUAACGUCCCAGCAAGACGCCUUGGAUCAGGAACCAUCGAGCACCAGCGCUACUACCGACGAAAGACCCGAAACCGCACGAAGAGUGCCAGGUGGUGCCUUGAUGCAGAAAGAGGACAUGGCAAGUGGCUCGGUUGGCUGGGAUGUCUUGAGAACUUACGUCAAAGCAUCGGGAUCGUAUCUCAAUGUUCCUGUUUCGCUGUGCUUGAUGUGUGUUGUCAAUGGCGCGCUGGUCAUGUCCGGGCUUUGGUUGUCAUUCUGGACUUCCAAUAAAUAUCCUGGAUUGACCACGGGCCAGUACGUUGGAAUCUACAUCGCGGUUUGUUGCAGCCAAUUCAUCGCGAUGUAUGCGUUUGCGGCGCAUGUGACAAUUGUGGGCGCCAAUGCCAGCAAGAAAAUGCUUCAGCGUGCAAUGUAUCGGAUCUUACGAGUCCCCAUGUCUUUCUUCGACACUACGCCAAUGGGCCGUAUCACCAACCGUUUCUCGAAGGAUGUGCAAGUGAUGGACAGCGACCUACCCGAUUCGAUUAGGUUAUUCGUCUUGACGUUGUCACAGAUUACCUCCACAAUUGGGAUGGUGAUUGCGUUUUACUACUAUUUUGCGAUAGCGUUGGGACCGUUGGUCCUCUUAUUUCUCUUCGCAGCAAGCUACUACCGUGCGUCGGCCCGCAACCUCAAGCGGCAUGAGGCAGUCCUCCGUUCCAAGGUAUUUGCUCGAUUCGGCGAGGCGAUUGCAGGCUCUGCGUGCAUUCAAGCAUACAAAGCAGAAGAGCACUUCAAGAAAUCUAUUCACAAUGCCAUCGAUGACAUGAAUGGCGCCUAUUUCUUGACCUUUGCCAACCAACGAUGGCUCGGAGUCCGACUGGAUAUGGUUGGCACCUUGUUGAUUCUGGUGACGAGUCUCCUGGUUGUGACUUCACGCUUGGAUGUCUCGCCCAGCAUCGCAGGCUUGGUCUUGUCAUAUGUGGUUUCCAUAACCCAGACCUUGGGAUUCACGGUGCGACAAUUCGCCGAUGUGGAUAACAACAUGAAUGCUGCCGAGCGUGUAAAUCACUACGGCACGCAGCUGGAAGAAGAGGCUCCUCUUCAUCUGACGGACGUCGGUAAGGAGUGGCCUUCUGUCGGUCGCAUCACAUUCGAAGACGUGCAGAUGCGCUACCGAGUCGGGCUCCCUCUGGUGCUCAGGGGACUCUCCAUGGAAAUCCGAGGCGGAGAACGCAUUGGGAUCGUGGGUCGCACGGGGGCGGGCAAGUCCAGCAUCAUGUCCGCUCUGUUCCGACUGACCGAACUAUCGGGGGGCAAGAUCCACAUCGACGGGGUUGAUAUCGCCACCGUCGGGCUUUACGAUCUCCGCACGCGGCUGUCGAUCAUCCCGCAGGAUCCGACGUUAUUCAAGGGCACCAUCCGCUCGAAUCUGGAUCCAUUCAACGAACACACUGACCUCGAGCUCUGGUCCGCGCUUCGCAAAGCGCACCUAGUCGACCAGGAAGCCGUGGACAAGAGCUCCGAUGAAGGAACCGUCACCCCCGCACUCACCGACACGGGUACGCCCGUGCAGAAACGCCUCAAUCUCGACACCGUGGUAGAAGAGGACGGACUGAACUUCUCGCUCGGCCAAAGACAGCUGAUGGCGCUGGCGCGCGCUCUCGUGCGCGACUCGCGGGUGAUCGUCUGCGACGAGGCGACCUCGUCCGUGGACUUCGAGACGGAUCAGAAGGUGCAGGAGACGAUGGCGCACGGGUUCGAGGGUAAGACCUUGCUGUGCAUCGCGCAUCGCCUGCGGACGAUCUUGCAAUACGACCGGAUCUGCGUGAUGGGCCAGGGACAGAUCGCGGAGAUGGACACGCCCCUGCGGCUGUGGGAGGCCGGGGGUGUCUUUCGCAACAUGUGUGACCAGAGUGGGAUCACGCGGGAAGACUUUUUGGGCUGA